UUCAUUUGCUGGUCUAAAGCAAGACAACUGGCUAAUGAGGAGGGAUCAGUCAUGGACAUAAGAAGAGGCUGAGUGAGCACCAUGAGGGCUAAAGUGCUAAACUAGUGACCCAAAGAUGUGGUGGGGGACAAAAAGGGGUUGGGACUACAUGGUCUUUAAGGUCCAUUCCAAACCCUUAACAUUCUGUGAUUGUACGCUUCUGUAAUUUUAUGAUUUUGUGUUGUGUUUCACUGGAAUUGAUUUGGUUCUUGAUUUCAGUCAAGAACCAUAUUUUCAGGCCACCAUUUUCUGAAAGCUCUAGUUUUCGCAUGCCAUAAGUGAGCUGGUGGCUCACUUACAUUAUCCUUCAGAGACAGAGGUUCCCCUGAAGCACCUGCAGGGAAAAAGCACAUGUGCUCCUCCCAGUUCAGAUGCUGGUGCUCCUCUCAAGAGGAUGGAUUUUUAAAUCAACGGAAUGUGUUUCAAUGAAAAUCUCCUGGACAUGUUACUUGAUGAGCAUCUCAUAGAAUGAUUUCGCUUUGUAUGUGAGCUGCAGCAACAACAGACUCUAAUAAAUUAUUUGACUCUUGUCUUAUUGGCUAAUGAAAAUGAUUGCACAGCUGUUAAGAAUUGGAACUUGGACCUGCCUGUUCUCUCAUGGAUUUCAAACACCAGUGUUACUGGUCAGCAAGCACACACUACAGAAAUAAUCUAGUAUGCUGAGAUGCUGCAAUUAUUAUUUGUAGAUAAAAACAUCACGUGUUCCAGGACACUGGCACUCUAUAAAAAUUUAAAUUUCUGGGGAAAAUGCAAAAUUAUUCUUACUCUGCUUCCUAGGCUAGGAAAAAAAUAGUUAAAUUUCUUUUGCAGCAUGUAAAACUAGUGAAAAAAUUAUCUGUCCCUUCAAUAAUUAAGGGCAAGAUGGAUCAUAGACUCUUUAUCAUUACUAGGUUGAUAGUACAUCUACUAUGUCAUUAGCAAAAAGCAUUUUUGCCCAUUUUCUGCAUGAUCUGUGUUACUGACUUUGAUGACAAACCCCUUCUGCUCCUUAUGGAGAGCUGACUAUUGUAAAGGGAUGAAUAAAGUCCAAUUUUGUUCACACCUUCCCCUCCAUGCAAAAGUAGUGUUAAAUACCUGAGAAUUUCCAGCAGAUGGCCAACAUGUUGAUUAGUGUCCAAGAUGAUUAGGUGGCAUGUGACAUACAAGAAAAAAUGAGAGACUUGCUAUUCUUUGCUUGGAGAGAAGAAAGCUAAGGGCAGGUGGGUCUAGGGGAGGUGUAAUUACAACUUUUCACUAUCAAAAAAGGCAGAUGUAGGAAAUAGACUCCAUGCCAUAAUGACAAGUUGGAAUGGUUAGGGAAUGCAGGAAUAAAAGGAAAAGAAUUUGCCCUUGAGGGUCCUACUGUGCCAGAAAAGAGAAUGCCCAGAAAGAUUGUAGAACCUCCCUCCUUGCAGGUUUCCAAUUCUCAGAUGGGUAAGUCCCUAAGCAACCUCUUCUAGGGUACAAACUGGAAUUGCUUUAAGUUGGAGGUUGGACCACAGACCUCCACCCUGUGGAUGCUCCUUCAGGUAAAAAGUAUUCUUUGAUUCUAUGAAAUCAUCUCUUGAUUGUCAAAGAGCACAAAGUACACAGACAUUUAAGCUGGAUAUGACACUUCAAUACCACUUUUUGCUACAAACGUCCCACUGUAUUUCUUUCAUGCUGGGCAAAAUGAAAAUAACUAGUGUAAAGUGUCCCUGUCUUAAGAUCUUCAGUAUGUAUAGCUAAGACACACAAAGAAGGCAGGAAGAUGAAUAGACAGAAAGGUAAUGUUAUUUACUCAAGGAUCAGUGGAAUAGUACAAGAUUACUGUCAGAGGCAGAGUUAAGACAUGUACCACUGAGCAAUAUUCUAGGGAACAAACCUAUUUCUUUAUGCUGUUAAAAUGCCACACUUCUCUCAUAGGCAUAAUUAAAAAUACAAAUUUUCCAGUGUAAUCAUUUGCCAAUGAGCUGAUAGAGACAUUCCUAUACAGUCAUUAACAACUACAGUUACGAUUAUUUGGCUUGCCAAUUACAGCUUCACUAGGAUGUCUUGGAAAUAUAGAAGAAAAGUAGGAAAUGGUGGAAGAGCUGGCAGAAGCAAGGAGUGGCAGUGGGUAGCAGAAGGCCAUAGAGGAGCAGAAGGAGGAGGCAAUGGAGAAGGUGACAAAAGAAGUUGCAAAGGGCUGCAGCAGAAGCAGAGAAGGAGGAGGUGACAGAGGAAGUGAUGUAAGAAAGGAGGCAGAAGAAGGUGGUGGAAGAGAAGGAGAUGGGGAAUGAGAUGACGGAGUAGGUGACAAAAGAAGCUGGAAGAAGGUGGUGAAUAAGAGAAGGUGGAGGCAGUGGAAGGUGGCAGAGGCCAAAGGUGGAGGUAUACAGUGGCUAAAGGGUGGAAGCCAUGGAAUGGUGUGGUGGUGAAACGCAGUGUAAAGGCAGUGAGACAGGAGGCAGCUUUGGCAUAUGGAGGCAGUGGCUGAUUAAUUCAGCAGUGGAAGGUGGCAGCAGUGGGAGGUGGCAGAAGGCAGCAACAGGAGGCAGUGAUGAAAUGUGACAGCAGACUGCACUGACAGGAGCUGGUGGCAGCAGAAAGCAGUGGAGGAAGACAGCAGAGACAGGCGGCGCAUGAAGGCAGCAGCGGUGGAAGGAGGCAUCAAAAAUGGUGGUGGAAGAAGACAGAAGAAGGUGGAGGUGGCAGAAGGAAGGCAUUUGCGUUGGAAGGUGGCUGUGGCAGAUGAAGGCAACAGAAGCAGGCAGAAAAAUAGGAGGAGGAGGCAAUGGUGGAGGGAACAAAAAAGGCAGAGGAAGAAAACCACAGAAUAAAGAAGAAGGAAAUGGAGGAGGCAAAGAAGAAAUGUUGUAAGAGGAGAAGGAGAAGGCUACAGACAAGGCUAUGAAGGAAGGUGGCAGAAGACAUUGGAAGAAGAGAAAAGGGAGGCUAUGGAAGAAGACAGUGAAGGAGGAGGAGGAGGAGGAGGCUGUGAAAGUAAAGAAGGAAGAAACAACUGAGGAGGCAGUAGAAGACAAUGGUGAAGAAGGCAAUGGAAGAAGAAGCAAGAGAUAACAUAGGAAGUGAAGGAAAAAUGUGGCAGAAGAAGUGGAGGAGGAGGCAAUGGCAGUGGUGGAAAAAGGCAAUGAAGGAAGAGAGGGCAGACAGAAUGCAGCAGAAUGCAGCAGAAGUAUGUGAUGGAAGAAGAAAAGGAGGAUGUGAAAGAAGGAAAUGGAAGAAGGUGCUGAAAUUAGGCAUGAAGGAAGUGAUGAAGAAUGUGACGAGGUAAUUGAUGGAAGGAGACAUCACAAAAAUGUGGUGGAAGAAAAGGAGGAUGUGAUGGUGCAGGUGACAAAAGAAGAUGGCAGAGGAAAAGAAGGCAGAGGGAAUGGAGAAGGUGGUGGAAUAAAGUCUCAGAAGACUGCAGCAAAAAAAGAGAAGGAAGACUUGAUGGAAGAGCUUGUUAGAAAAAGCAGGAGGCAAUGGAGGAAGGCAGUGUGAGGAGAAGGCCACAGCAGAAAGCAGAGGAUGAAAAUGGUAGAAGAAGGUGAUGUAACAAGAAAAGGAGGAGGAGACAGAAGAGGUAGAAUAGAAUAAGGAAGUGGAAGAAGGGGGCAGCAGAAAGGAAGGAGGAGGCAAUGGAAGAAAAUGUUGGAAGAUUACGAGAAGAUGAAGGAGGAGAUGGAGGAGAUGGCUGUUCUUAAUUUGUGCUUACUCCACGUCAAGGACUUUUCAGCUUUCCAUGCUCUACCAGCAAGGAGGUGAACAUGAAGCUGUGGGGGAGCCUAGCUGGGACAACUGACACUAACUGGCGAACAGGAUAUUCCACACCACAGAAUGUCAUCCUUAGAAUAUAAACUGGGAGGAGCUGGACAGACAGAACCAAUUACUGCCCAGAGACAGGCUGAGCAUCGCUCAGCAGGUGCUCCGGCGUCCAGUCAGCCAGUCUGGGUUUGAGGUCGAAUCGAGACCAUGAAGUGCCUGCUGCUUCUCGCCUUUAUUGGGGUGGCUGUUGCCUUCCCCACCUUUGCUGAAGACGAUGAUGACAAGAUUGUGGGAGGCUACACCUGCGCACAGAACUCUGUGCCCUAUCAGGUGUCCCUGAAUUCUGGAUAUCACUUCUGUGGAGGUUCCCUCAUCAGCAACCAGUGGGUCGUGUCAGCUGCUCACUGCUACAAAUCUCGCAUCCAAGUGCAGCUCGGGAAACACAACCUGGGGCUCACUGAAUCCACACAGCAGUUUAUCAACUCUGCUAAAGUCAUCCGCCACUCUGGCUACAGCUCCUACACCCUGGACAACGACAUCAUGCUCAUCAAGCUGGCCACCCCAGCCACGCUCAGCAAAGCUAUCCAGACCAUUCCUCUGCCUACCAGCUGCGUGGCCGCCGGCACCACCUGCCUGAUCUCCGGCUGGGGCAACACUCUCAGCAGUGGCACUAACUACCCAGACGAGCUGCAGUGCCUGAAGGCUCCCGUCCUCACCGACGAGCAGUGCUCUGAUGCCUACCCUGGGCAAAUUACCAAGAACAUGAUGUGUGUCGGAUACCUGGAGGGAGGAAAAGACUCCUGCCAGGGAGAUUCCGGUGGUCCCGUGGUCUGCAAUGGACAGCUCCAGGGCAUUGUCUCCUGGGGUUAUGGAUGUGCCCAGCGUGGCCUUCCCGGAGUUUACACCAAGGUUUGCAACUACGUCUCCUGGAUCCAGUCCACCAUUGCCUCCAACUGAGAUGCUUGUUUGGCGUGACCUGUAUUUUCUCCUCAUCAUUUCUGUUCUUUUGGGUCUGGACAAGCAAAAAUUAUGAGAAAUUAAUAAAAACUUUCAGGCACCCCUA